UUCAUAGGAAUGUUGAAAAGAAGAAGGGUGUCAGCUGCCUACAUACCAAAUUUCAUCAAAAUUUCCCCAGCCGUUUUCCCAUGAAAGAGUACCAAACAUCUAUACUCAAAAACUUUCGCGUUUAGGCUCUAGACAGACGGACCGCAUUUCAACUGCAAUCAAACACUCAGUUGACACGACUCGUCCUUCAUAUUAGUACGAUAUGGAAGAUCUUCAACUAAUCCUUUCCCGUCCCCAGUCGGACCUACCCCCCGGCCUGCCUCUCCGAGCGCCCCGCAAGUUGUUCUCCAACUGCCGCGAGCGCUGGCGCCAGCAGAACGUGAGUGGAGCCUUCGCCGAGCUCCGGAGUCUCGUGCCCACGCACCCGCCCGACAAGAAGCUGUCUAAGAGCGAGAUAUUGAGGGUCGCUAUCAGAUACAUCGGUCUUCUAUGCGAGGUGCUCGAGUGGCAGAAAGCGCAUUCCAUCUCCACUAACAAAGAGAACAACUCCUUAGCAAUCAAAUGCGAAUCACCUCUUAGCCCAUCGCAGAACCUACGCAGGAAGUACAAACGACCUUAUUGCAAUGAUGAUGAAGGUCCAAAACCAAAAAUCUUUCUCGAAGGCGCUAGCGACUUUCCGAAAUUCGGCAACGAGGAAAAUGAAGAUGGUUCGCUCUUCAGACGCUACCAAAGUCGAGUGGUCCAAAACAAAAUGGAGCACUAUAGGUUCCUCAGAAGCUCUUACUAUUUCCCAAGAUGGCGCCAUCCCCUGCCGUUAAGGAACUUGACAACUGACAGGAAUGGAAACAACUUGCUCAUGAUCGCUCCAGCGCAAAAUGGGACGAGCAAACCAGAUAAUGGGGUUGUGAAGUAUUGCAACGGAACUGCAGAUGUUGAUAAGUCUCUAGAUAAAGACAAGGGUGACAAUAAGGAUGGGAUGAACAAAAUGACGUAG